CCGUUCUUGAUGAUCCCAGAGAUGACAGGUGCAGGGGUCUUCCCGGAGUGACAGUGAUGCGAUUUCCACAUUCGGAUUGCCAUUUUGGGAUAUCACCCAUCGAUCUAUACUCAACAAGGCUAAGAGAACUCGGCCUGAUAGCUGGUUAAAUUAACAUCGACUGUAGUUGUCACUGACGGGAGCUCGCCAUCCGUCGAUAAAGAACGCCAUCCGCGGCCGACGGAGUCCGCCGGCGCUAGGCGUAUCGCGACCUGCCUUCGUUAGUCGCCGGCUUAUCUUCGACUCCCACGGUUGCUUCUCCUCCGCAAUUGUUCUCUUCUCACUGUUCUCAAGGGAAUUCAGAAGAGACAGGCGACGACCGCUUAGCCUUGUCAUCAUGUUGGCCGGUCUGGUACUUGCUGGCUUUCUGGGCCUCACGGUCGCGCAAUUCCCUCCUGAGCCGGAGGGCGUCACGGUGAUCAAGUCCAAGUUACACGAGAACGUGACCAUUUCGUUCAAAGAGCCUGGCAUUUGCGAAACCACACCUGGUGUCCGUUCGUACUCGGGUUAUGUGCACCUCCCGCCUGGCUUCCUCGACGAAGGGACCGGCGAAGUGCAGGAUUAUCCCAUCAACACGUUCUUCUGGUUCUUCGAGUCUCGCAAAGAUCCCAGCAAUGCCCCCCUGGCCAUCUGGUUGAACGGCGGACCCGGCUCGUCCUCGAUCAUGGGUCUCCUUGAGGAAAUGGGCCCUUGCUCUGUUGCAUCGGACUCCAAGACCACCAUCCUGAACGAGUGGAGCUGGAACAACGAGGUUAACUUGUUGUUCCUGGACCAGCCCACACAAGUCGGCUUCUCGUACGACGUUCCGACCAAUGCCACCAUAGUUACCGAUGAGGAUGGCAACCGAAAGUUCGUCCUCGGCGAAUUCGGGACUGAUGUUCCCCAAUCGAAUGCCACCCAUCGCGUGGGCACGUUUGGCAGCCAGAAGCUCGCGCAGACCGCCAACAGCACCGCCUAUGCAGCGCACGCUAUAUGGCACUUUGCUCAGACUUGGUUGUUCGAGUUUCCGCACUACAAACCAGAGGACAACCGUGUCAGCCUGUGGGCGGAGAGUUACGGCGGCCACUAUGGCCCGGGAAUCUUCGAGCUGUUCCAGCAACAAAAUGACAAGAUCAAGAACGGGACCGCGGAAGAGGGAGCGCAGUACCUGCAUCUCGAUACGCUCGGGAUCGUAAACGGCCUGAUUGAUCUGGUCUUACAGGAGGAGACUUAUAUCACUUUGCCAUACAACAAUACCUAUGGUCUUCAAAUCUUCAACCAAUCCACAUACGAUGAGCUGAUGUAUGAUUGGUCGCGCCCGGGAGGCUGUCGCGACCGAAUGGUUGCCUGCCGCGCCGCCGUGAAAGACCGCGACUCGGGUAUCUCUCACGGGAACAUUUCGGACAUCUGUGAAGGCAUCGCGCUCGAAUGUAGCGAUGGGCCCAUUACGCACUUUCACCGGGAGAACCACGGCUGGUACGACAUUGCCCAUGGGAAAUACGACCCUACCCCAGCGAAGCACAUGCUCGGCUACCUGAGCGAAGAAUCCGUCCUGGCCGCUCUCGGCGUGCCCGUGAACUUUACGUCCAGCUCACCGGCCGUCGCCAAGCAAUUCCGCGAGAGCCACGACCACGUCCACGGCGGCUUCCUCGACGCGAUCGGCUACCUCCUUGACAGCGGUGUGAAAGUGCACAUGAUGUACGGCGACCGCGACUACGCCUGCAACUGGGUGGGCGGCGAGAAAGCCAGUCUGGCCAUCCCGUACUCGCGCAUCUCCGACUUCGCCGAGGCAGGAUACACCCCGCUGCAGACCUCGGAGGGGGUUGACGGCAUGACCCGCCAGUUCGGCAACUACAGCUUCACCCGCGUGUACCAGUCCGGCCACGAGGUCCCCGCGUACCAGCCCGUGGCCGCGUACGAGAUCUUCAUGCGCGCGACGUUCAACAAGGAUAUUGCCACCGGGCUGGUGGAUGUGAGCGACGACUUCCAGACCCCCGGGCCGAGCGAUACGUGGCAUAUCAAGAAUGUCCCGCCGGUCGUCCCGGCGCAGAAGUGCUAUGUUUUGGAUCCGGGGACGUGUGGACCUGAGAUCUGGGCUAAGGUGGCGAGGGGUGAGGUGACGGUGAAGGAUUAUUAUGUGGUGGAGGGUACGAACGAGGCUGGCGAGGAGGUGUUUGAGCGGGUUGAACUGUGAAUGGUUGGUUGUUGGGGUUUUUGGGUAUGUUGACUGGGUGGUUAGAAGGUAGCUAAGCUACGAUUACGAUUUAUG